AGGAGCAGCCUUCCUUCUCCUCCAUUGAGGCCGGGAGGGACCGUCCCUUUAUCCCUCAUCCGGAGGAGCAACACACAGCCAGGGUAAAGAAGACAAAACUGAACCAUGGCAGAAUACAGUUUUCAGAGUUUGAAAACCAAAGUGAAAUGCUAACCACGCAUCCUGAGUGUGGCCAACCUCCUGAGAGUAGCUGCAAGGGUAAAAUAGGAGAAGACAGGAUGCCGCGGACAAGAUCCACAAAACCUGUUAGAGGCAUCCGAAAGCGCAAAGACUUUGUGGUCUGUCAGGGAACCCAGGCAGAAGAGAAGCCCAACAUCUGCAUUGAAUGCGGGAAGACCUUCAGCCAGAGCUCCAGCUUGGUCAACCACCGGCGAACGCACUCCGAGGAAAAGCCGUACACCUGUCCGGAUUGUGGGAAAAGCUUUGGUGUCAGUUCCAGCUUGAAUAGACACCAGAGAAUCCACACCGGGGAGAAGCCGUACAAGUGCAACGAGUGCGGCAAAAGGUUCAACGACAAAUCCAACUUGACACAGCACCGGCGGACCCACACAGGCGAGAAGCCUUUCAAGUGCAUCGACUGCGGCAAAUGCUUCAGCCGCAGUUCCCACAAGAAGCACCACCUGCGGCAACCGCUGGGCAAGAAGCUCGGCAAAGUCACGCCAACCGAUGGCGGCUGUGCCAGCUCUGUUGGGAAGCCCAAACCCAAACGGAAAGCAGAGGUGUUGAACACUUGCACUGAAUGCUGGCAGAGCUUCAGCCAGAACGCGGAUCUGGUCAAACACAUGCGCAUUCACACCGGGGAGAAGCCGUACCAGUGCAGCGUUUGCGAAAAGUGCUUCAGCGUCAGCUCCAACCUUUUCCGGCACCAGAGGAUCCACACCGGGGAGAAGCCGUACGUGUGCUCCGAGUGUGGGAAGCGGUUCACGGACAAAUCCACCUUGGUUCAGCACCGGCGGAUCCACACCGGGGAGAAACCCUACGCCUGUAGAUUUUGUGGCAAGAGCUUUAGUCACAGCUCGCAUCACAAGAGGCAUGAAAAGAUCCACAAAGGGGAGUACCCCUUGUUGUCUUACCCAGCUUUGCUGAGCUAGCACAGUACUCGAGAAAAGAAAGGUUAUGCACUUUGGUGAAUAUUUUCUCCAGAAGCAUGUUUUCUACUUGGAAAAGUUACAGCAGAAGCUUGAGGAUGGGGUGGGAUAGGAUGUCACUGUCAUGGCCCAUGUGGUUGCCAGACUUCCAAAUACCUAUUCAGCAAGUUUGAAUAUUGAGCUGUGACUCUGGAGACCAGGUUUUGAAUCCCCACUCAGCCAUAGAUAGGCACUGGGUGAUCUCAGGCAACUCACUCUGUCUCAGCCUCAGUAGGAGGCAAUGGCAAACCUGGUCUGAAUAGAUCUUGCCAAGAAAAUCUUGUAGAGAUGCCAUAGGUCAGAGGCACACAACUAGCCACAAAACAACAAGUUUUGUAUAUUUUAUACUAGCUUGGGGACCCGCCGGUGCCUGGGUUAUUAGAAGAAGGCAUUGUUUGUUUGGGGAUGUUGGGUAAUAUCACGGAAGUUUGGUCCAGAUCCAUCGUUGGCUGGGUUCAGUGCUUUUUGGAUAAGGGUGAACUACAACUCCCAGAUUCCCAGGGUAAUCACCCCAAACCCUACCAGUAUUCACAGUUCGCCAUGUUGGGUCUGUGUGCCAAGGUUAGCAGAAAUCAAAUGUACAUCAGGAUGGCAACAUCAGCUAGAGCCUUUCUCCUGGGUGCUAGUUGUCUACAUAUAAGAAGAUAUUUGCUUCUUAGACUAGGGCUCCUUCCCCACAGCUGAAUAAAAUCUCACAUUAUUUGCUUUGAACUGGGAUAUAUGGCAGUGUGGACUCAGAUAACCCAGUUCGUAGCAGAUAUUGUGGAUGAUUCUACCUUGAUAUUCUUCUGGGUUAUAUGGCUGUGUGGAAGGGCCCUAAUAGAAUCUAUACCUCAGUUAACAAAGUAGACAUGUUUCUGUGCAUUACUACGUUUAAGAGAAAAUUUGGUAGUAGAGGCAGAAAUAACAUGGAAGGAACGGGAAUUGUUUUUUACAGUUGAAAAAGCGGAGCAAUCCACAUCUUUCAGUAAUUUUUUUAUUGAAAAAUUAUCAGUGUGCACUUGUGAAAUGAAACUUCAAAUCAGAUAAAGCUUGCAUCAGUAAACAAAAGCAUGUUGAACUUUCUAGAGACCACUUGAGAGCUCAUUGCAAAAUACAUUCAAAGUUGUUUUCAUUUUUCACCACGUUCUGUUUAAAAUGCAUGAUGUGUAUUUAGCCACCAAAAGAAAAACAGUUACCCCAGGGUGGGGGUAACUGAUGAGGCAGGCAGUUCUGUACUCCCUUUCCUCUCUGUUACAUUGUUCUCUCUUGCUCAGGGAUUUUGGAAACAACUGCUGUUUGCCUUUUCUGUUGUAGGCUGGCACACACAGCUACAGGAAGCUCAGUGAGAAUCGAAUCUCCCCUUUUCCCAGGCCAAAUUUUAUCCCAUUAUUUACUGCAAAUACACAGCUGCAACCUGACACUUAGGGCCCUUCCAUACAGAAUAUCAAGGCAGAUAAUCCACAAUAUCUGCUUUGAACUGGAUUAUCUGAGUCAAUACUGCCAUAUAUCCCGAUUCAAUGUGGAUUUUAAACAGCUGUGUGGAAGGGCCUGAAACUUGUGUUUUUCCAAUCCUCCUAUACUUUUCUCCCAAUGCAUAUGCUGCUAAAAAGUGUCCAAGUAAACAGAGGAUGAGGAGAGAAAGUGAGGCUUGCUGAAUGCAAAAAAGACAGUCUUGAAAAUUGUUUCUUUGUUAACUGAGGUAUUAAAUGUAAAGGUUUUCCCCUGACAUGAAGUCCAGUCAUUUCCAACUCUGGGGGUUGGUGCUCAUCUCCAUUUCUAAGCAGAAGAGUCGGCAUUGUCUGUAGACACCUCGAAGGUCAUGUGGUCGGCAUGACUGCAUGGAGCGCUGUUAUCUUCCCACCGGAGCAGUACCUAUUGAUCCACUCACAUAUGCAUGUUUUCGAACUGCUAGGUUGGUAGAAGCUGAGGCUAACAGCGGACACACAGCUCCCCGGAUUCAAAUGUGUGACCUUUUGGUCUGAAAGUUCAGCAACUCAGCGCUUUAACACGCUGCACCAUUGGGGGUAUGCCUGUAUUCAGAAGUGUGGCCUCCUGCCCAGAGUCUGAAAUGGUCAAAUCCAAGAAAGACAAUUCAGCUAAACACAGAUCAGUCUUUGGUCUCUGUUCAGAGAUGAUUGUCUUCCUACUGAGGUUGCUCUGAUGGUGAAUCACUUGCUAAAUCUCCAUGAUGAGCUUCUUUAUUGAAUACUCUUCUAAUCUCAAAUAUUUCCUGAUUCUUGGAGGAGAAAUUAGGAAUGCCUUAUUUACAAAGCUACACAAUGAUGAUAGGGCCCCUGGUGGCACAGUGUGUUAAAGCGCUGAGCUGCUGAACUUGCGGACCGAAAGGUGCCAGGUUCAAAUCCCGGGAGUGGAAUGAGCGCCCACUGUUAGCCCCAGCUCCUGCCAACCUAGUGGUUCGAAAACAUGCAAAUGUGAGUAGAUCAAUAGGUAUCGUUCUGGCGGGAAGGCAACAGCGCUCCAUGCAGUCAUGCUGGCCACAUGACCUUGGAGAUGUCUAUGGACAACGCUGGCUCUUCAGCUUAGAAAUGGAGAUGAGCACCAACCCCCAAAGUCAGACACAACUAGACUUAAUGCCAGCGGAAGACUUUUCUUUACCUUACACAAUGAUGAUGGUCCCACCGCAUUGUAGAAUGUUUCCUCAAUAAGUUGAAAACUAUUGAGUAAUGCUUAUUAUUUCCAAACUUUGAAACAAUUGUGUGGAUCUUUCGCUCCAGUUUUUCAAUGGGAUGAAGCAGGAGGACAGAACUGGAUCAGUCCAAGAUGAACCUUAGUCCCAUAUUUCAAUGAAAGCAAAAAUAGUAUUGGGGACAGCUCUCCAAAUGAACUGGGUUUGGAUCUACCUGUAAAAAAAAACCAAAAACAAAACAAAAAACUAAGGAUGUUAGUUAGAGGAAGCAAUCAAGUAUGUUGUGUUUACUGUUUAUAUAAGAUAUAUUUUUACAAAUGGUUCUCAUACACUGAAUAUCACUAAAUGGACUUCUUUGCCUCCUUCACAUUGCAGCAUCGGAGCUUACCAAACAGUUGAAUAGAGAAAGACCAAAAACACUUGUGUUCUUUCCACCUGUUAAGACCCAUUCAUCCUUUUAAGCACUAAGUGUUCUCUGUCUUUAAUGGGUUUGGUUGGUUUGAUUGAACGUGAUGACAGUGUAUAAAUGGUUGGAUUACCUUCA